GUGUCAUUACUGAAAUGCAAAGCUAGGGCAAUUUUAAAAACUUCAUCCUAUGUCCAUUCUCCUCGCGCUCCUGCGCUCGCCUGGAACGUAUGGCGCCUCCCGCAGCCGGAGAAAUCGUGCAGCGUUACCUAUCCACAAUGAAGUUGAGCUGCUCAGUAGGUCUAAGCCUGAAGGCACAGAGCUUCAGGCCUUCCCUUCUGGCAGUUUGUCACAGCCAUCGGAGCCAGCAGAGAGUCCUCGGCAGGAAAACGAGGCCCAGAAAUGCGAUGUACAGAUACCAACAGACAAAGAUCUAGGCCCUGAUGGGGCGCGCGAUUUGGAGCAUCUGUCAGCUGAGGUCAGCUUUGCGCUUGAUUACAUCAACGGAACCUUGACCGAGGAUGUUAAUAUGUUUGUCCAUAAAGCAUUGGAGCGGCUUUGCUGGAGCGGCUCUGUACUUUGCAAACUUUUGGCGACAUCGAUUCCGGGCAGCCUGGACGAGCGCGCCAUUAACUGCAGUAGCAGCGGGGACAUUGCAGAUGCCGAGGCGCUUGAAAACUUCCAGUUGUGCCACAGCUGCGCACAGGCGCAGGGCUGCGACGUGCAGUCUUUGACCGCUGAGCAGCUACAAACGUGCGAGGCCCCGGUGCUGGCGGACUUUGUCCUCGAGGUGCUGCGCAUGGCUGCGGUGCAGGCGCUGCCGCCCGGUGACCGCCACUGGCUGCUGCCGCCCGCGCCCCCCGAGGCUGCUGCUGCUGCCGCCGCUGCGCCGGCUCAGGCCCCCAGACCCCCUCCCGGAACCCCCCUGGCACCCCCGCGGUGGACAGCUCGACCGCACACCGCCGGGCCUCACGGGGAGGGACGGAGUAACGACAUGCCGCCGGCCCCCGCACCCACUCGGGGCGCCCAGCGAGCUCAGCCGCACCGCAGCGAAGGCAGCGGAGCCGGCAGCAGCAGCAGCAGUCGUGGAGGUGGUCAGGUCGGGUCCGGGCAUCAGCCUCAUCAUCAUGAGACGGUGCGGGAAGAGGGCGGGUGGCCUCCGGGGCGCAGGCGAGUGAGGAGCACCGGUAGCGGCUGUGCGGCGCGGGACGUUGGGGAUCCCCAGGACGGCGCUGAAGCUGAGGGGACCUUUGGCGGCCUUGGGAGCAGGGGG